ACGGGGAGGGUCACUACCGUCGUUAACGUUGUUGUUCAUCUCGUCAUGUACUCUCCCUUGUGGCACACUUCCACAACUACUACUACCACCACUACCGAGGACGAGAAUACCAAUAUCCCUCCACACUCAUCCACCCUUGACUCGACGAUUGAACUCGCGUCUACCGCAUCGGAUUCGCAUCCGAGGCGUUCCCCACUCACGUUGCCUUUGGAUUCUUCGACAUCUCCCGUGUCGCCUCUGCACCGAUCGACUACUCAGUCGUUGGAAAGUUGCGCGACGUCGAUUGCGUCGGACGAACUCGUGUCGGACGAGUGCCUCGUCUCCAUGACCCGUUACCCGGUAAGGUCGUCGUCGUCAUCGGCCUUGGCGGCGGAAAACAAUCGUCUCCGCAAGCACCUGACGGAACUCCAAACGGAACUCCGUCGACUGCAAACCACAACCAGGACGACGACGACGAAAACCACCGCAUCCUCCACUCAUCACACCAUAGCACCAGUACCGCAAGCCACACGGAAGCGGAGUUCCUCGUUGCGAGAGCUGGCGACGCGGCGGAUCCCGUCCUUGCCCAAAUCGUGGACCGGCUUGGUCCGACACACCAAUCCGGCACCCGUCUCUACUAGUAACGGACACGUCAAACGACAACAAUCCUUAGCGGGGUACAAGGGGGAUCAGCAAUCGACCGUGGAACCGAGACUCGAUCUAGAAGCACACGAAUCGGCCGGUGGGUUGCAUCAUCGAGACGCGCGUGGCCCGGACAACCGAUCGGACACCCACACCACGCUCGGGACAAACACAAGCACCAACACCACAAGCACCAACGCCACUACUAGUAGUACAGCGGACCAUGACGAUGAAGAAGUGGCCAUUCUCGUAGUACUACCGGAACAGCAUAACGACAAUGAGGAAGAACAGAGUCUCGUCAAGGAUCCUACAACUUCGCUAUCUACCGACGGACUCGUGCGGGAGAAUCGCUACGAGACGACGGGAGACUCUUAUUUUGCGCAAAUCAAAGACCGAGCCGGAUGGUUAGUGGGAUUACUUUGUCUACAAAGCAUGUCUUCCUUUAUCAUUUCGCGCAACGAAACAUUGUUGCAGGAGCAUAUUGUCAUUGUCCAAUUCCUCACCAUGUUGGUGGGGGCCGGAGGCAACGCGGGCAAUCAAGCCAGUGUCCGAGUCAUUCGCGGUUUGGCGGUGGGAUCCGUCAACGAUAGUAACGUCAAGGAGUACUUAAGGGGGGAGCUGUGGGUCGCCGUCACGCUCAUGAGCAUUCUGGGAUUGGCGGGAUGCGUGCGGGCCGCCAUCUUUUUGGUACCCGUUGCCGAAACCAUUGCCAUUACCACCAGUUUGUGCGUCAUUGUCAUGAUUAGCAUCAUUCUGGGAGCCUUGCUGCCUUUGGGAAUGAACAGCUUGCGGAUAGAUCCAGCCCACAGCUCGACCACCAUUCAAGUCAUUAUGGAUAUUCUGGGUGUGACAAUCACAUGCCACGUUAGCGCUGCUAUUUUGGAUUCGCGUUUCCACGCGUGGUUGACACAAGACGAUUUGUAACAUACUGUACAUACACGAUAGACUACUGUACGACUGGCGGUGGAAACCACCACCACCGGCUUGUUUCUAACUAGGAUGGAACGUUACUAGUC